CAAAUUUGACAGCUGUUAUUGUUGACAAGUGUGGAUUUUAAAACUUUUUUUAAUGAAUACAUAUUUCAGUAUUUGUGUUUUAUUACAGAACUCCUAAUGAAUAUGACGAGUUCCAGGAUAAGAGAACUUUUAUCUAGUUCUAUUUGUUCCAAAAAUGUCAUUAUCCCGGAGAUUAUUUUCAUAAUGAUUUAUUUAACAGUACAUUUACAAAUGGAUUUUAAAGUACAUAAUUUUUAACUGAAUAAAUAAUUAUUUAGAACAAUUUAAUUAAAAUGAAGUCUUCUAAAGCAGGAAAACAUGAGUACACUGAAUGGUUUUUGUUUGGUUACAAAUUGUUGGUUGUCUUCUUUUCCAUAACUAUUUUUUUAUAUGGAUUCUUUCCUUUAGUUCAAUAUGAAAAUUCGGUUGCCAAUAUGAAAGAUGUUCCACAAUUUGUAGAGAAAAUCAGAGUGAAAACAGAAGAGUUGUAUCAACCGAUAGCAAAAAGAAUUGUAAUAAUGGUAAUCGAUGCAUUUAGAUGGAAUUUUGUUGCUGAUAGUACGAUGAAAGACUCGAUGCCAAUUUUACAAAGUCUCAUAGAAAAUAAAUUGUCAUGUUUACUUCAGGGCAAAGUUAAUCCACCGACUGUAACGAUGCCCAGAAUAAAAGCUGUAACGUCGGGCACGGUUCCCAGUUUCAUUGAUGUUGCUUUAAACUUGGGUGGAAAUACUGUAAUUGGUGACAGCAUUUUGAAACAAGCAAAAAAUCACGGUCAUAAAUUAAUUUUCUACGGCGAUGAUACGUGGCUGAAACUUUUUCCAAAGACAUUCUCACGUCACGAUGGAACGACCUCGUUUUUCGUGACAGAUUAUACUGAGGUCGAUAAUAAUGUGACACGUUAUUUAAAUAAGGAACUUCAUAGGAACGAUUGGUCGGUAAUGAUUCUUCAUUACUUAGGUUUAGAUCACAUAGGGCACAUGGCCGGUCCAUUCAGCCCCUUAAUUAAGCCAAAACUCAAAGAGAUGGACGAGAUUAUUGGACGAAUUCAAUCGCGAAUGACUCACUGGACGAAAAAUAAUAUUCCUUCUUUAUUUAUUGUUUGUGGUGAUCAUGGAAUGAAAGAUUCCGGUGGCCACGGUGGUGCAACAAAAGAAGAAACAUUGGUACCAAUUGUAACAAUUGGCACUUCUUGUCCAGAAAUAAAUGGCGAACCACGUCAAAUUGCACAAAUUGAUUUAGCAUCGACACUUUCUGUUCUUCUUGGAGUUCCAAUUCCUUCAUCGAAUCUCGGAACUGUUUCCUUGGAUAUUUUGAAUGAUUUACCUGUGCAGAAAAAAUUAUUUAUUCUCUAUUACAAUUCACAACAAUUGCUCAAUAAUUUCAAGGAAAUUCCGAAUUAUAAAGCACAACGAGCGUACAAAGAGCAUGAGAAUGCGAUUAAAUUCCACGUCGCUUGGUUAAAUGCCAAUGGACAAUCAAAUGAAAUGGUAGACGAUAUUAUUAAAAUGUAUCGUAGUUCACUUGAAGGAAUGAGGGAAAUUCUUGUUCAUAGUAUGAUAAAAUACGACGUGCCGAUUAUGACGAUAGCCUUGAUUUUCCUAUUUCAGAUUUUAUAUAUUAUGGUGAAUGCUCAAAGUCAUGGAGAUUCAUCAUUGUUGAAAGUGAUGUUAACUCUUACGGCAACUGUACUUUUAUGGUUAUUGUUGAAUUAUUUAUUUGAAGAAGAGGGCCAUUCAGUAUUAUAUUCCAAUGGAUCGAAUAGUGCAAUUCUCACAACUUCCAUCGUUUUAAUUUUAGUGUGUAACAGUUAUCUGUGCACAAAAUUCAAGUUCAACAUUCCGAAUACUAGUCAGAUAAAAAAAUAUAACGUGAUGAAAGUAUCUCUUAUUAUUGGAGGUUUAUUACAUACAAUUAGUCUAACAAGUAGCAGUUUUGUUGAAGAGGAACACCAGACUUGGUAUUUUUUCUGGUCCACUUGUUUACUCUAUGGUUUCUAUGAUAUUGUCUUUAGAUGUUCUUCGUAUCGAUUGAGUGAAUACUCACGAGUUGAUAUUGGAAUUAAAUUAAUUUUAGUUCUCCUGUCACAUAGAUUCUUGAGAAAUUUGAAUAGCACUGGCAAUAAAUAUGCCCAUUUGCCAGAUAUCUCCGAUUGGCUUCUUGAUCAAAAUCACAAAAUCGGAUUAUCACUUUUUCUAAUUUUAGGACUAGCUCUGUUAAUUAAAAUUGAUUACUAUUACGAGGAACAGAAGUUCAAGAAACCUUGUCUUUUAAUUAAUUUAUCAUUGGCAUCUUGCAUCUAUCUUCGACACAUGGUGACUGGAACUGUUUCUGGAAUUCAAUUUUAUCCAGAUUCAAAAGGAAUCUUCGAGGUGCAGAUAUUUUGGUUUUUAAUCUUAGUCUAUAUUUCUCAUUGCUCGCUGCGAUUGAUAAAAACAGGACAGCAAAUGAGAGAAAAUGUAUUACCACAAUUUUUAUUUUUUCUUGUUCACGUGUGGGUGAUGAUAUCUGCUCUUUUACACAGACCACACAAUGUUAUUCUAUUACCUAUACAAUUAUUAUGCGCUUCGGUCAUUCAAAUGAUUACAAAAUCAUGUAAACUUGAAAAAUUACGUAUAAUACUCUACAUCUGGUUGGGGAACGUUUUUUAUUUCUAUCAGGGAAACUCGAACAGUUUUGCUACUAUUGACGUUGCCGCAGGAUAUGUCGGACUAGAGUCAUACAGUAUUUCAAUAGCAACAAUAUUUAUAACUAUAAAUACAUUUUCAGCGCCUCUUCUUGCUUAUUUAGUACUUUUAUAUUACGAGACACAAGAGAAGCCAAACAUUUCGUGCCAAAUAGUUUUAGGAAUUAACAAACAAUUUAUUAUAUGGAGACUGUUGCCAAUUACUGUUUAUACUGUAAUUGUUGCAAUUCAACGUUAUCAUCUUUUUAUUUGGACUGUUUUUUCUCCAAAGUUAAUUUACGAAGCAAUAUAUACAGCUGAUUUGUUUAUAAUUGUUUCUCUUGUGCAAAUCAUUUUUAUAAUGUACAAGUGAAAAUUGUGAUAUAAUAUUAUUGAAACUGUCAAUUGAAAGAAACUAUUCUAAAAUUUUCUCUAAUAGUAAUAGAUAAUUUACAAUGAAUUUAGAUGACUAUACAAUUUAAUAGAAAU